CAGGGCUGAGACAUCACACUACCAAAACCUUUUGAAUAUAGGGAAGGAAAUCUUACCAUCUGUGGAAGACACUCAUACAUACAAAACGUACAAAAACAAGCAAAUGAAUAAAUAAAUAAAUACUGAAAUUAUAUAGAAUGAAUUUUACAAAAUAUCUUAUGAGGAUUUUUUUUUGUACAAAACAUUUAGGUAAAAUAUAAGAGAUUUCUGGAAACAGAAAGGACACGAAGAAAAACGCGAAGCUCGGAAUCUGGAGAAUUUGCACGGUACAAAUAACCUUUCGGCUGAGCUAUUCAUCGUUCUCAGCUGAUUCGGCUUUGUUGAGGGGGGAAUUGGGCCUGGGAGGUUACACUUCACACACUUUGUUGGAGAUUUUUCCCAGUAUAAACGGAAAAAAAAUUCAAAUAAUUUUGGUUGCGCAGAACGCUUUUAAAAUCAGUAUAUUAUGCUUUAUUCUUGGAUCUAGAGUGAUGCCAGUGUAUACUUUUAUUUUUUAGAACAAACGGUUUAUAAAACUGGAAAAUGAAAUAACCCGAUUACAGACAUCUCUAUUUCAUCAAAGUGCUGUUAUUAUUACUACGAUAAACGGCCGUCGCAAUAACAUUGUAAUUGUUCGUUGUCAUCGCGCCAUCCAGCGCAGUACAGACUGCCACCGAGAUAAACCUGAGAUUGAUGUCAUUUUACAAUCUGGCUUCCCACGAAAAUGACGGAGCUCACAAACGUCACUGUGGAAAUAUCAUCAUCUGACCUCAGUAAGAGUGUUUUUCUCAACCCUGCGUUUGAAGUCGAAGGUCAUUUAAAAGACAGCAGGGAAUGGGACAGAACUCUCACUAAUGCCGAGUCGAGGCCAGCUGCUGUGCACGGGUGGCUCAAUUUCAGCGUGAUGCGUCUGCGCAGACACUGCAGUGGCUGCGGGGCUAUUCUAGCGGCUCUGUUCAUCCUGCUGUUAAUCACAGUCGUGGGUCUGGUCCUUGUUCUCGCCCUCAUAAACGUAAAGGAUGAACACGCUCAAGAAGAACUCACGACUCCAUUAGAUUCAUUGAGUGGAGUUCUGCUAUCUGUACCCACGAGAUCUAGCUCUCCAUACUUCACAGAUGUUUCACAUGUGGAAGUAGAUGUUGCUUCUCCUAAGUGUGGGGGUAUCCUCACUGACCCCACUGGGACUUUCAGCUCCCCUAACCAUCCCGGUCCCUACCCCCCAGACACCCUCUGUUUGUGGGUGAUCCGGGUGCCCCCGCCUGCCCUGAUCCAGCUGCGUGUGUCUUCCCUGGCUGUGGAGGGACCCCACCCUUGUCUCUUUGAUUGGCUUGAGCUCAGAGAGGAGAUAGAGGAGGCCUCCUUCAUCACCAGCAGAUUUUGUGGCAAUGUGGCGCCCCCUACAGUAAACACGAACAGCAGCACAGUGUGGGUGACAUUCCGUUCAGACAGCAGCUUUGCGGGCGGUGGAUUCACCGCACAGUAUCAGGCUAUUUUGCCCCACCAAAAGGGAUGCUUCAGCGAUGAAUUCCUCUGUGACGGCGGACGCUGUGUAUUCCCUGUGUCUGUCUGCGAUGGAAAGCCCAACUGCCACGACAAGAGCGAUGAGGCCAACUGCAAAUACAAACAUAAAGACUGUGGAGGACAAAUGACUGGAGCAGCGGGAUCACUGUCAAGUCCAAGCCACCCCAAACCUUACCCACACCAGCAGCUGUGCAGGUGGCAGAUAACUGUUGCAGAGGGUCAUGUUAUCAGUCUGAAGUUCCACAACUUUAGCCUGGAAAGUCAGGACACGUGCCAGUUUGAUUAUGUUGAAGUGCACGACAGCGGAGACACAGGGGAUGGCAAAGUACUGGGCAGGUUCUGUGGCACCAGCCGGCCCCCUGAGCUGACCUCCUCGGGACCUGUGAUGACCGUUCUGUUCGUGGCUGAUGAAGGCGUAGCAGACAGUGGCUUCCUCGCAUCAUUCCAGGCCAUCGCCCUGUCAGAGAAUCCAGGAAGCUGCAGCCCAGAGCGGUUCACCUGCGGCAGUGGGGAGUGCGUGCACCGAAACUGGUUGUGCGACGGCUGGAACGACUGCGCAGACGGUGCAGACGAGCGUGACUGCCGCAAUGCCACAUACGCCCCUUUUGCUUCCUCUUGUGAGCCAAUUAAGGUGGAGAUGUGCCGUGGCCUGAGCUACAACUUCACCUCCUUCCCCAACAUCUGGCUCUCCAUUACUGACCAGCGGGAGGCUUCUGCUGUGCUCCGACAAUACAAGGUGCUGAUGGAGUUGCCGUGUUUCCAGGCCCUGCGCAGGCUAGUGUGCGCAGUAGUGGUGCCCCAGUGCAGCCCACAGGGUGGUGUACUGCAGCCCUGCCGCUCCAUUUGUAUCAGCACGCAGCAGCAGUGCAGCCAGGCACUGGAGCUGCUGACUCUCAGCUGGCCCUUUAACUGCCUGCUCUUUCCAGACGGCCGUCAGCAGAUGGAGUGUGCCCUACCCUAGCUCCCGAGGUGGCCCUCAGAUCUCAUCUCCUAAGGAAGUGUUUCUUAAACUGGUCCUUGGGGGGGCCCAGAUGGUCCACGUUUUUGCUCCCUGCCAGUGAAUUGUGAGAGAGCAAAAACAUGGACCAUCUGGGAUUGCCAGUGGACUGGUUAAGAAUCACUGUCCUAAAGCACCUUCCCCUGUUCCAUGACCCACUCUCUGAUAUCAUAAAACUCUUGUCUCACUAGACUCACUGCUCAUCAGAGAUAUUUCUCAUUAAGUAUGCCAGUAUUUUUUUUCAGUUAGGAAAUGUUAAAAAUAUCAGCCAUAUUUUCAAUAGUUACAGGGCUAGGAGAGUUAACCAGUGAAUUAUGUUAACCACUUAAAUGUGUAAACUGAAAGGUCAUAGAAAUGUCCUAAAUCACCAUUCUGACGAGAUUAGUUUUGAGUAGGUAUGGAAGCCCUUUAUUACACGCAAGAUCAAGUGUGUCAUACAAAGAACUACAGGAUUCUAUGAAGGUUCAAAAGGACUCAAGCUUAUAAUAAUUUUAGUUUGCUUGGGAAGGAUUAUUUUUCUCUAUUUGUUGGCGAAAACUUAACCACAACACUUUAAUCUCAGCACUUGUUUCAAAUGUUCAGUUUUCCCAUCAUGUUAGCCGAUGCCUCAACCUAUUUCUCUCAUCCACAUUCAUUGUGGUGGCUUCUUUCUUAAAGGAUGUGGUUGUUUGCUAGUGCUACGUUCACAGGGUCAUCUCAAAAUCUCUGUGAAGAAAACAGAAGUCUAUGACAUUUGGAAACUUGUCACAUGUACAGCAACAGUUCAGGUUAACUCAAUAAUGGCCACACUUCUUUCACAGACGUUUUUGCUACAAUUGAUGUUGGGUGUGAUAGAAAAUUCUGCUCCAGCUGAGUGAAUGUAUUACAAACUUUCCAUAGUUCUUGCACUAAAGCAGUAGUUCUCAGACUUGUAACACUGAGGGG